AUGCUCUCUGGACCGGUGAUCGCUCCAAGUGGAGGAAACGGAGAGGGAGAGCCAGACAAGGUCCAGAUAAAGGAGAACAAGACGUGGGAGGAGGCGCUGGAGCACUGCCGAGCCCUCAGUUCAACCUCCCAACCCACCCUUCGCUACGAGCUGGUCAGCGUGCAGCCUGGAGAAGACCAAGACUACGUGAUGAACAGGGUCAUGGAGGCCGAAACUGAGGAGGUGUGGGCAGGCCUCCGUUUCCUGGCCGGUGAAUGGCUGUGGGUGAACGGGGCGAGUAUGUUGUACUCUGACCUGCCCCUCUGCCCCCCCCUGGUGCAGCACUGUGGAGCCUUGUCCAAGAACAACACAGGGAGCAUGGAGACCAAAGACUGUUCUGAGAAAAGGAACUUCCUGUGUUAUAGCACAUCCUGACAUCACCCCUAUCAUCUGCAUCAGGGUGGUCACUAGCAGAAGUUUAUCUAAGUUGGCACACAGCUUCUCAAGACAGUAGACAUACAACCGUGUAGGCUUUCAACACACAUUAAGGGAAUAUGUAUCCUACUAUGGAAUAUCUUUGCAAAAGUUUGAUCAAACUUUAUAAUAAAACUUUCUGACUGUAAACUUUGA